AUGUCGAGCUGCUUACCAUCAUCAAGCGCCACACCAAAUGGUCUUGAACCACGAUUUUCCCUUCCACUAACAACUCCUCGAUCCAGCAAAACGUCGCUGGUAAUUGGCGGCAUUACCAUAUACAUCUAUGGCCUGUUAGAGCUGGAGCAGAAGUCAGGGGUGGAUGUGGCUGUCUUGUAUCUUGCUCAUAAUCGGACGAGGACGUAUCUAGUGACACAAGGCAUCGCACAUGAGAUUCUGCAUAGAUAUCGAUCUGAUGGGAGGAAGAAGAAGGUUGAGAUGAUUGCUGUUACGAUGAAUAUGAGGAAUCAUGGAGAUCGUGAGGUCAGUCGAGAGGCAAACAUGACUUGGUCAGGCGGCAACGAGAACCAUGCUCUCGAUUUGAUAUCAAUGAUAUCCGGAGCAACUCAAGAUUUUAAGCUCGUCGUCGACUUCUUGCCAGCUUAUUUCCCACAAUUUAAUCGCAUGCAUAACAUCAUGCUCGGCGUCUCUUUAGGCGCCCACACCGCUUGGCGCAUGUCAUUGGCAGCCCCCGGCCAAUUCGAGGCGUAUGCGAUGGUCGUCGGAUGCCCAAGCCUGUCAUCUCUUCUAUUGAAACGCCUGGGUGUUGACGCGGUAGCUAUGGGUGUCAAAGCAGAGGAGCUGGAUACGGUCACUUACGAAGACCUGGAGAAGGCAAUGGACGAGCAGCAAAGACUUCGAUGGCCGCGAGCAUUGGCAGAGCUCGUUCGUCAAGACGACAAGAGAGUUUUCGAAGAUUUUCCCAGUGAGUUGCCAUUGUUCUUGUGCCAUGGAGAGUGCGAUAGACUGGUCCCUGCGCGGUAUACGACAUCUUGGCUGCAAAGAAGGAGCGCGAUUUUGAAAAGAAACGUGAUGUCGGAGAAUGGCAAGACCAGGGUCUUUAUACAGGAGAAUACAGGGCAUAGUUGCACGAAAGAGAUGGUAGCGAUGCUUGCUGAUUGGUUAGGUGGUUUAUAUGAGCUGCCGAAGUGA